AUGGCUAUUGAAGAAAAAGCUAGCAUCGACACUUUGCUAAUUGCCGCAGAGGUUUUAGAACGCGACGUUAUCAAAUCUGGUAAGAAAUACGAUAAUCAGAGCUUUCGAAUUUCCUGCAAUUUUAGACAAAAAUUCUCGAUCCAGUGGUAGAGACCACUACGCAGGGAAUGGCCUUGGUGAGCAGGUUUUUCGAUCGUAAGCGUUUUGGAUUCUUAAGUCCAUAUUUUAAAAUUUCUUAGAAUUCCUUAUCAUGCUGAAACUUUCAAAAAUAUGGCAAAUAUGAACUGGCGAAAUCCGGGCUCCGGGACUUUCCUCUCCAAUUCAAGAUCACAGGUACUAGUCGAACUUUUGUCAUUUCUACAAAUUACUUGAUAGAUGGACAAAUAUCUCUGAGUGUGUUCUAUCUGGGUUCCGCCAUAUUCUUAGGAAUUCUGAGUCUCCACAAUGAUGGUGCUCGUACCUAGUUAUAUUAACACUUGCAUUCUCGGUGAUCUAAGAUGUUUCCUUCUUUACAUACCUUGAAACUUUUUAUGAGAUUGGGGACUUCUGUCUGUCUUAGUUUACUGUGGUGUCCAUCGCGAGAGCACAUCUCAAAACUACCCAAUUUACGCGGAACACCCCGCUUGCUAAGUUCCGCGAAGACGGACUUUUACGGUCAGACCAGGCCCAACCUUUACAACCUCCUAUUGUUCACCAUAAAUUUGUCAGGAUUUAAUGUAGCUAUCUGCCCUCUUUGCCUUAAAAUACAGCACCAUUGCCGUAUUGUUUUUCAGCAUGGACGCUAUACCACAGUUUUCUACUUAGGAACUAAAAGUAUAAAUCGCCCGGCUGUGCAUUUGUUUCCAGAUUUACUCAUCCGUUUUGGUGCGACCGGUUGAGCUUGGUCUUCUAUUCCCUUUCUUCUUUUCCAUAAGUUUUAUUCUACGUCUACUCCGUUAAUUGAUCUUUUGCGUUUAACAGUUCCUUAUAAUCUUCUAAAAUCCGUCAGGAAGACACCAUGUGUACGGCAGGCCGAAUGUAUUUAACCCGCUAUCAUUGGGUCUCUAGUAGACUUGGUGAGCUACAUGACCCACGAGGUGAUUUGGACCAGGGACAAAAAUCAAAAUAUCACCAGCAUUUUUUGAAUUCGCUCAUUUCCGUCAGUUAAUACAGAAAUUAAUUUCGUUUCAAACAAGCAGAUUUUCUUUGAAAACCUCUCUAAGUCAGUGUACGACGCACGACAUUCACAUUCUUAGUGGUUGCUGGGAAUAAGAUCUGUACGAAAUGCCUUCGUUCAACUGUAGAGUUUAUAGAAUUGGGCUCUUGAAAGGGGUUUUUCUUGCGGGCAAGUAUUAGGGUUUAAGGACCGGCUAAUUUAAGGAGUUGUGAGAAGCAUUCCUGACUCACCUACCUGAAGAAAUACUUUCAGAAGACGGGGCUAAAGCAGCCCACUCGAGCCUGUGUGACAAUCGGGUGGUUAUUGUUUUGUGUCUAACUUCCUCGUCAUGUAACUGAAUACUUCGUUUCCUUUACUGUGCUGUGUAUAGUGUCGGAUACGAAUGCCAAUUUAAAGUGCGCCAUUUAAUUUCUGGUCUGUUUCCAUCUGGUCCAUUAGUAUUUCCUGUCCCAAAACCUUAUUUCACACCGUUUUUUCCAAACGACAGCGUCGGUUUGCAUGACGGGUCACCUUACAUUCUGUCUAUUGCGUUCGCGCUCUUGUACAAAAAAGUACCCUCCUCUUGAAACUGUCUGGUUACUAACUGUGAAUGGUUGAAGUCAAAAUACAAGUUCUUUCAUCAAGUAAAGUUUUUCUCGCAUAAAUUUUCGGUUAAAACACUCCGUAAUGCCUCUACAUCACAAAGUAUAAAUUAUGCCCAUUGCACCACUAAGAAGACCGCCAUGUUCGUGCCUUUAGAAGGCUUUUCGUGGUGUUUAUGGCGGAAGUAAAACUCGAUUUAUGAUCACAUGCCUACACAGUGGCACUUAUCACUAGAACUUACUUUCCGCGUAUAUACUGCUGCGUCUUCCGGAGGCUUUAGUAGAAAUUUAUUACUUCAUCCCUAUCUUAUAACCUCGCGAGCCAUGUUUUAGGGAACUUUUUGUGAUGGCGCACCUCUGUCGUUCGUGUCCUUCCUUAGAGCCUUAUUUUCUGGCCCUGUAGUAUAGAAUUAAACUUUUAAAGUCUUUCUCCACUUCUAAUAAUAUUCUUACUCCAAGAGCUUUAUAACCGAGACAAAUCAUUUAGAUUGUUUUGGUAUUCAUUUUGUCUCAUGUCAGGCUCCUGAUGGGGCGAGUCGAUUUUUGUCUCUCAAAGCAUUCAUAGCCAACAUCUCAUUCAGCUUUGUAUGCAGACCUUAGCCAAGAUGUGACCCCUAUUUUCUCUAACAAGACAAGCUGAGACUUUAAAGGAUGUAUUCUGUGGCCAACCUAAACACUCGCAUUUCUAACCCAGCUGUUCCUCUCGUUGGGAUUUUUUAAAUCUCUACCUCGCAAACGUCAUAUUGACGUUGAAUUGGGCCGUAAACCAUCGACCUGCUAAUACUGAUGCUUCAGCCCGUCUGGACCAGCUCUCUUUGGCAUACGCAGGAGCUAUCAUCCUGAUCUGCGUCAAGUACUUUCCGUUGCUGCUCGUCCUCUUAAUUCGUUUUUUUGCGGGCGACAAGUUGUUAUCGUAUCCUUUGCGUACCAGUACUACGGUUUUACCCGAUUUUGGAUCAAUAUGUUCAGCGUUUUUUCUCUAAUCUAGAAAAUUGAAGACCAUUGGAAACCAACCAACCCAGCUGAUGAAAUUGAGCCAAGAACACACUUCUGACACUUUGGAUGGGGCUGGGCAUGGAACUAUGGACACCUCAUAUUAUUGGUGAUCUUGCUCCAGAUUCCAAGGGUUAGGGUUGGGGCUAGUGUUAGUGUUAAGGUUAGUGCAAAACCUAGGGUUGGGUUUACGAAGGUUAGUGUUACGGUUAGUGUUGGGGUAAGUGUUAGGAUUGGGGUAGACGGUAGGACACGGAAGUAGAAACCCCCAGAAAUUUAGCGGGAAGUCGUCUGCAGUACCGGCAGGGGGCGUCUGUGUUCCCGUGUUCGACCUUGGCUUCUUCUUGAAAUCCAUGCUGUUGGCGUCGACUCUGGACCUCCGGUCUUUCGUAGCUAGUUUAUUACGUUCUUCAGGUUCCGUUUUGUGGCGAUCACGUCUGCCUCUAUCGUUGCCUACUCUUUGAGGAGCAUUUCUCAAAAUACUCUUACUAUUGCGAAGGCAUAGUUUGUUGGAAUAUUUUCAGGUAAAAAUCUACUUCCGAGUAAAUUUCUCUUUCCUCUUUUUCUUCCCUAUUUUUGGCUGUUACCUCUUGAAUAUUCGCUUCCGAACUCUUUCUGGAAUGCCGUGAGCGCGAUUAUUGAUCCUUCUACGGUUUAUCGAUUUUUUGCCAAAGUCGCGUGCCCUUGCCUCGUCCGCAUGCCCUCUCAAGGUCACACAAUUGCUCGGAGGUUAAAUCGCACUCAAUCAUUGAGGGGUUUUACCGACAGGACAGACGGGCAUACGCCACUUUUGUGAUAGUGGCCGCUUUGCAGCCAGUGCCUAAACAGCUGCACUGACAAGCGAUUCUGAAUUCGCCCUAUGGCGUAAUUAUGGCGUGUUUGUUAACUUGAUUAAGGCACGCGUACACCCUCCCUUUUUUCAGUCGUUUGUUUAAGUUAGACUGCUGUUUCUUGACUGUGCACACAAAGUUGUGACUUUUUAUCAUAUGCACGCUGUAUAUUCUGCCAUUUCCUCCCACGCAUUGCGACACCACUUUUGUUCUAAAAUUAUUCGAUGUAACUAUUUUCUAGGCUUAUCCAGUUCGGUGUCUUUGGCGCCUUUAAGGCCUGCCCAUGCACCAACCUGUAAUUAUAUGGCCGUCUGCUUUUCAAAAGUCCAUUUCUCGGGUUAUUUUAAAGGUUAUAAGUCCCUGAUUGCCCCCUUAGGUCCAUCCGAGCGCUGUCUGAAGUUAACCCUUCUUUAAUAUCUUCCUUUUCUUGAGCAAAACCCUGUCUGCCGAGAUGGGGCGUGUGUUCAAUCAGUUUGGUACAGAAUACUUUUUGUUCUGCUAGAAAUGUUGAAUUUUUCCUCCUUUAGUUGACUACGGCGCCUUUUAUGGCCGCAGCGACAGAGAAACGCCGGCACUCCGCCAUCACACCACCCUACUUUGCCGUGGACGACCCCUACCACCAGUCCGUUGCUGCUGCUGCUGCUGCAGACCUCUCGAGUUUGGCCGCCGUAGGUGCUACCCUCCCCCAAGAUUGGCUCAGAUCUCUUUCCCCUCACCGCUCCUUCGCCGGUUCGAAGUGGGCUCAGCCCUCCGUCAGUAACAAUACUCGGGCUGGAGUCCCACUGCCCUCCACAUCCGCCUCCCUCUCCGGUGAGCCCCUUGUUUCCUCUCAAUAACCCUGUUUUCAACUUCCCCAGUCUUUGGUCUGCUUUUGCUGAAAGCCCACUUACGUACGUACUGGUCAUGUUGUAUUUUGACACUCCGUUUGCUUCGCGGAACCUCUCGUUGGCUUUCGGUGAUUUUGCUGUUACUAGAUGUCCUGCAGAUUAUCUGCCUAGCGUUUUCAAGCCCGGCCAGUUUAUCUUGUCUGUGUCACAGUUAAACCGAGCAGGGCCUCCGCAUUUCCUCGCCAGUAAGAGUGGUAAUAAUAAUAAUAAUAAUCGUCGUCGUCGCCGCCGCCGCCGCCGCCGCCGCCGCCGCUGUCGCAUCAUCAUCCUCAUCAUCGUCGUCGUCGCAUCAUCAUCAUCAUCAUCAUCAUCAUCAUCAUCAUCAUCAUCAUCAUCAUCAUUGUUGUUGUUGUUGUUGUUGUUGUUGUUGUUGUUUUUGUUUUUGUUUUUGUUGUCGCCAUUGCCAUUGUCAUCACCACCAUUACCUCAACAAUCAAUUGGAAGACUGAUAUGGCCAUGGAAAAGUAAUCUACAUUGCACUAGGAAACUCAUGGCCAAGGCAGAGUAGCAGUAACUAAGCAGACCCCUCGUUUUGAGGUUCCUAGCUGGAGAUGAAGAUGAGAGUGUGCCGGUGGGUCUGCAUUUUCUGUGAGCACCUAUGCGCUCACUGAAAGUGUUGCAGGAAUUUUUACCCCAGCAACUCGACCCUCUCAAUAGUGCCUCCACCACACUCCAACACAGGUGCUAAAUAAAAGCUCAAACACUUAAUUUUCCGAUGUUUAGUUGUGUCGUGCUUCACGGCAACCCUAGUUAAUCCUCAAUAUUUUUACCACAAUACUCGCAAAAUAGUCGGUGAGCAUAGUUUGGGAAGAUUAGACGCCGUUUUCAAAUAAGCUGUCUGAAGAAACACUACCAACAGAGAUACGGAAAAUCAGAAGGAAACCGCAUGUGGUUUGUAUGCCCUUUUCAAUAAGUUAUGCCGACAGUUCGACCGUCGAUUCCGACGACGUCCACCGUGUGCUACACAGUAAGGUGCAGCAGUCACGGUGACUUGCGCGUGAAUUAGUUUAUAGUGAUAGUAGACUUGCGCAGCAUCUACCGCACUCCCUCCUUCCCACUUCCCACCUGAGUCCGGUGUCAAGACAGAGUCAAGAAGACCGGAGACAGCGAGGGCGCAGUUGACUGGCACGGCCGGACCCGCACCUUGGCGUGCCACCACACUCCCUGGUCCACAACACACAACUGACCAAGAUAUUUCACCACCAACAGCAAAAACAACAACCACACCCCAACAGGAGUCAGAGGUACGAAGAUGACUGGGCAGCCAUGUUCACCAUGUGUAUACCCAGCGGGAGCGCAAGUGCAUAUACCAGAUAGGGACCAGGUGUUAGGAAACUGCCAGCGCACACUAGGUUACAAGGGCCAUAAUUUGCUGAUACUGGCAUAGCACACGCUUUCAGACAUUUUGAAUAAGUAAUGCACUGGGGCCAAAAAGACCUGCGAUUCGGACCUAACUGCAGUUGCUCCUUCAACCACCAUUUUUUUGUAAGCCGUUCGGCCACCGCACCUGAGUCCACCUCCGGCCGUCUUGACCAUGAUGGGAGAGGAGGAAGAGGGUGCAGUAGCGAAAUUAUUUCGUCUGACGACGGGUUGGUGUCACCAGCUCGAAAAUUCACGAGUACAACUCGAUUUUUUCCGACGAGCCUUCUGUCUUCGUCAUAUAUAUAUACUGUGAGAGACCUAUCUCAGGAAAUGUUGACUGAAAUUCUGAAACGUGUUUUCGAUUAGGAAGGAUUACUUAGGCGCGGUUGUAAUAGUAAUUAUCUUGCGGCAUAAUCAUAUAGCAUUUCGGACUCGGCAGGAUGUCGGCUUUUAAACAAACUGCUUUUUACUCUCCUGUAAAAAACAUACUCGGUAAAAAAUGACUACAUAAGUAGCAUGCAUUUUUCUCAUUGAUUUUCGAUGGUCUUGCAAAUUCAAAUAUAUCUUAUAGAAGCCAUAAACAAAAAUAUGCUUUCUUUCAGUCAAUUAAUAGACAAUCACGUCUUCUUUAUAUUUUUUAUUCAAGGAAGGAGUAUAAUUAGGUUUUAAAAAAGUUUUCCAAUUCCCGAAUAAUUUUGAGCCAGAUCUGCCAUUGCAUUAGCGUUUAGCGAUUUCAGUUUACAAGGCGCAUGCUUUCUACGUAAAGAAAAUCACAUAUUCCUCUAUGCCUUUAGGAAGAUACCAUAUAGAGUUUAUAAAAUGUUGUAAUGGAUCCGGACUAUGUUGUACAUUUCACGAGGAGCUGUCAUAAACUGCCAGGUACGAUGCUAUGUGAAUGGACAUUGCGCGGUCUUUAAAAAAUCUCAUAAUUAGACAUUUUUUAAAAACCUAAUUAUACUGCUUUUUGAAUAAAAAAUAUAAAGAAGACGUGAUUGUCUAUUAAUUGACUGAAAGAGAGCACAUUUUUGUUUAUGGCUUCUAUAAGAUAUUUUUGAAUUUGCAAGACCAUCGAAAAUCAAUGAGAAAAAUGCAUGCUACUUAUGUAGUCAUUUUUUACCGAGUACGUUUUUUACAGGAGAGUAAAAAGCAGUUUGUUUAAAAGCCGACAUCCUGCCGAGUCCGAAAUGCUAUAUGAUUAUGCCGCAAGAUAAUUACUAUUACAACCGCGCCUAAGUAAUCCUUCCUAGUCGAAACCACGUUUCAGAAUUUCAGUCAACACUUCAUGAGAUAGGUCACUCACUGUAUAUAUAAUGGUAGGGGGCGCUCACCGAUCCAUUGGCUUCCCGAAGUAAACAAGCUUCGUAUAGUCGAUAGGGGUCACGAACAGGCAGCCACCUACCAGGCCGAAGUCGACCAAGCUAUGAUAACAGAGGGGAGACGACAGAGUCUGGGGGGUAGAUUGAUACAGCACUGUUUCGGGCUUGUUUGCCUUCAUUCAGCCAAUCAUAACCCUGACCACCAACUGGGACCGGAAACACAAACAUGCGCGCAGACACACCUGGAGCAGCUGGUCCACCACUGGGGUCUACCAGAUAGGUCAUAAGCACUUUAUCGAACCGGAGUUCAUCAGUGCCUCUCCACCUGCCAUUCUCUGUCGCUGCAGAUCGGGUAUUUAUUCACUCAGGAAUAGGCGCACACCGAUCCAUUGGCUUCACGAAGCAAACAAGAUCCGUAUGGGUGGCAAAGGUCACGAACAGGCAACCAAUUACCAGGCCGAAGUCGGCGCUCACCGAUCGUUCUUACGGAACUCACUCGUUCCGUUGUGCCUUAAGGGCUCCUUCUCGAGCCCAACCAGCAGCCGCGCGGCGGCGCAUGAUAUAUAGGCAGAAUGGUAUUACCGACAAAGACAAGGGAGACUGGAAUGGCCAUUUCUGGCUUAUUAGCCAUCGUCAGCCAUCCAUACCCAACCCCGAAGUGUGGAACACCUGUGAAUCGAUCUCGCGGCCUGUUGGUUACAAGUCCAACGCCUCUAACCACUGAGCCACGGGCUCGUUGUCCUGUCAGUUAGGGCCAGACUGCGCGCUCAUUGUUUGGAGACACCUAUAUACGUGAUCGUUAGGCUAAAAAUACGGGACGACUGAAACAACCGCUGUUUCAAACUUGUGCAUGCAUGCAGAUACCUAACUGAUGGGUUAGCGGUUUCACCAGUCAAUUUUUUUGAGAGGCAGUCUAGUACUUGUUACAUAGGAAUGAAUCGACACCGAUCUGUUCAUCCGUGCGGCGCAAACAAGUUCCCUCCACCAGCUUAUAUUUCGUGGCCAUCCACUUCCGCCCUAUUCCUGUCGAAUUUUUGUUCCCUUUUGUGCUCAAAGGUGCGAACCGGAUCGCACGGAGAGACGAUGUAUAAAUACGACCGAUCUCCCCACAGAGCAACAGAUCUCGGCAUUCACCGACUUAUCCAUUACUGAGGAUCUUAACGUCCCACUGUUAAAAGGUCCUCGCUCUUUCGUGCAGCCAUUCCGUUUCGUUCUUUAGCACCUCGUGAUUUCCAUUAGGAUAGGGAUAUUUUUGGCUGUUAUGUGGGUUGAGAGUUGGACUGCCUUGGUCUCUUUUGCUUCUGAUCCCUCCCCGCCCCUGGCGUACCCAGCGCCCCGAAAUAUGUCACCCUCUACCGAGCCAGUUCGCGGUCUAUACUGAUACAAGAAGUACUUGCUUACCAUAGAAUGGGACCACACGAGUCCGACAUGUUAUUGUGCCAUUGCAUCAGACCUCAUUUUUCUUUACUUGUUCUCGCUUAAAUUAACAGAUUCCAGCAGUCGGAGUCCCGCCUUCAAUCGGCUGUCACCCACCCUCAAUAAGUCCUCUUUUCCCCUGAACUCCAUGGGCCUCCAUGACUUGCAUGACCGGGGCUUUGGCCGAGGAGGAGGCCGUCAAGGAUUAUCGACCCUCAAUGGCCUUACUUCGUCGUCGUGUCGACUGGAGGCCGACAACACACAGUCUGCAAGUACAGCCACUUCUUCUCCGUCAUCUGCGGCAACCUCCGCCGCCAAUGUCCCACACAAACGCCUUCGAACCGCUCUUCUGGCCGAUCGUCCCGGUGCCCUGUUGGAGAACAGGACAAACGGUCGUGCCUACAGUGACGUCACAGCUCCCUGGAUGUCGUCAGCAGCCUCAGCCUCCAUGACCCGUAGUCUUGUGAUCUCUCGUGACAUUAUCACCUCCGCCAGCGCCGAAUCUCAUGGGUCACAGACUUCUGCUGCUAUCGUCAAUAAUGAGGGCCCACUCCCCAGAGUCACCGUUUCACCCUCCACAUCCACCUCCAGCCGCCAGACUGACUCAUCAGCAGUGGAAACUCCUUCCACUGCUGGUGGUGGAGGCUCGCCAACCCAUGUGAAGCCGCCCUCCACAGCUCCCAGGUUACCGGCAAAGAAGCGGAAAAUUGAUUGGUCCUUUUCAGAUGAUCCCCCAGUUAUGCCACCUCUGAAGGAUCGAGACGGAGCUAAGCUAUCUCUUCCAUGUGGCUUGGAUGGCGCACAGCGAUUGACUGGGACUCCCCAAGGCAGCGGCCUGCUACAGUCAGCAGCCGCCGCAGGAGCUGUGGCACCGCUGAUUGUGGACAGACCUGCUGUCGGACCAGGUAGUGAAGCGAGCGAGCGACCGUUCCCUGCUCUCAGUCAGUCGCAUCUACUUUUGAUCGAACAAGCGCGCCGAAAACAGUCAGAGCCUUUCCUUCUGCCUUCUUCCUCCUCUGUAUCGGGCCUCUGUCUCGAUGCGGCCCUACAUACUAGCCGUAGUCCUCCUACCCAUACGCCAGCUUUAGGUGAGCUCUCGGGCACACGUGCCCCUCCCUCGACCACCACCACCGCCACAGAGGUGCCACCUCCGAUCUCAACCCACUUGCCAGCCCCACAGCCGCCGAGACGGAAGCUCUCCUACCCCAACCUCCUUGACCACCUGUCUUUCAACUAUGACGCCAGUCUCUUCCUGAGCCAACUACAGCGGCAGCGCAACCUUGAAGCGGAACUGCAGGGAAGGAUUCGUGACGAAUCCCACAGGGAAGAAUAUGGUACGCAAAUCUGUUCUCCUACAUUUUGACGCCUCUUAUUCUCUGACACAACAGCUCGUAGGUACAAUAUUCUUGACUGGCCUUCAGUACUUGAGAAUUGCGUGUCUGCUAGUGCCGUUGGUUACGAUUGGCCCUGUGGCUUAAGCACUGAAGGUGGAGUUAGAUGGUGUUCAGAUUGGCAAAGUUGAAAGAUCGGUCUUUCUCUUCUCUCGCUGCCUCGGCCUCUCGAGGGCUGGUUGGCAGGCGUUUUAUCUUUGUGCUUUGUGAGUCACCGCUUCGUCGGGGGGGGGGCGAUCGAACCUUCGUCUGGUGGUCGGUCUGGUGGUUCCUCUUCCUCGCCGAGUAGACUCCGUCGGCCUAUGUAUGGCCUUUGUGGUUACUUGGCCGUGAGCUCUACGGACGUGAUGACGUAAGACUUUGGAGACUGCAGGAAGGUCUAGAUGCCUGUUGAUGGAGUUGGCACCGGGGUACCAAGCCGUGAGUGCUAGCCGUCCUGCUUUUGUGUUGCCCCGUCCUAAGAUGGUAGCUCUCUGGAGAUCAAAAGUAUGCCCUGUUUCUCCAACGUGUGUUGCUAGUUGGGAGUUUGGGUAUAAUCCCCGAGUGGCCGAUUUGCGCUCUUGUAGGCGGGUCUGCAAUUUCCACCCGGUUUCCCCAACAUAAUUUCAGCCGCCCUCAUUGAAACUUAUUUUGUAGACAACUCCUGAGAUUUCAGCGGGUGGCAUUGUGUCCUUAGGUUGCGUGGAAGGAUGGUUCUCCUUCACUGGCUGCACUUGUGAUGUCUGACAAUUCUUCUAGUUAUAAAUAGAAUACGAAACCCAUCCCAUCUUCAAUUGCUUGCUUUCUUCGCACACACAUAUAUAUAUACAUGAAUUUGAAAACAGGCAUCCCAAGGAUCAUAAUUCGGAAGAAAUAAGUCCUUGGGAAAAAUAAAGAUUAGCCAAUCAGAGCAUUACGUCAGCAGGAGUGACAGGGCAAAAUCGAUUUUUUCGGCAUGUUUAAAUGUUAACUGUUUUGAAUACUCACUUCACGUCUGAGGACGACUUUGGGAACCAAGAUCGAAAAUUUACAAUAAGACUUGUUUAUCUUUCCCAAAGAGCUUAUUUCUUUCGAGACAUAUAUAUAGUGCUGAAAGUACGUUCACCGGCCGGGUUAUGUGACAUUCUCGUCUCGCUAUGCCUUGUAGAUCAGUUUAGAGACCUCGCCGGCAUUCGCACAGCGAUUAGUAACAUGUACAUAAGGAGCGUACCGACAAAGACAAGGAAAAUCAGGAUGGUCAUUUUGGGCUUGUUGGCCGUCGUCAGCCAGCCCUACCCGAAUCCGGGUUUGUUGAACCUGAAUCCCGGAUCCGCGUUCUUCUGUCACCGAGUGUUUUUGAGCUCAACACUCACUGGUCAUCUCCAUCUAGCCCUCCGUAACACCGAACCAAGGUCCCAGGACUGGUUAUGCCGAAGUGGUUUGCAUUAG